AUGAAACGCAAACAUGAAGAUGACUCAUCUGAGAAUUCAGCAAGAGAAAAGAAGACUUUAAAGAGUAAUUAUCGAACGCUCUUAUCACGGAAGAACUACCGGAAACUGUCGCUUCUAAAACAUACGUAUAUCGCAAACUCAAAGAAUUUCCUUUUUGCCGCGUCGUUAAACAGAAAUCAAUUCAAUUCUUUUCGAGAACAAGUCCUUAUAUCUAUCAACAGAAAUCAACCUCUGAUAUUCGGAAAGAAGCUCCAAAAGAUUCAAUCGUUUAAGACGACAGUUUCAAACUUUGUUAACACCGUAAAGGCAAGGAUAAAAAAUGGAUUAGCUUUAGAACCAGACAGAGUCUUUCUAAUGGCAGAAAAGCAUUCGAGUGAAUCAUUCGAGUGA